AUGCCGCGAGAGAAGGCGACGAUGCGGGGGCGCCACGUGUUCACCGACGUCGAGGACGUGACGGUCGAGGGCACGCAGAAGGUCGUGAGGGCAGUCGAGGUCCGCGGCGGCAACAUCGUGCAGGUGGAGUACCCCAGCGGCGAGCGCACGCUGGUGAUCAUCCCGGCCAAAUUCGUGAAGAAACUAUGGAUCAAGAACGGCUCGUUCGUCGUGAUCGACGACGUCGAGCUCGGGGACCGCGCGGACUCCGCGGGGCACAAGGUCACCGGCGAGGUCGUGCACGUCCUGUACGAGGACAGCAUCAAACACAUUCGGCGCAAACAGCCCGACAAGUGGCCCGCGGUGUGGGCGCAGGAGGAGCGGCGCUGCGACAGGCCGCCGCUGCCCGGCGAGGGCUCGGAGGGGUCCGGGGAGGACGACUUGAUGCUGCCGCGGCACAGGAACCAGGCCAAGAACCUGGCUCUUGGAGACUCGAGCGACGACGCGAGCGAAAGUGAGGGCAGCGGGUGA